AUGAAGUUGCCCAACAUACGAAGGAUCUUUGUGUCGUUCAGGACCGAAGAAGACGAAAGAGCCUAUUCACGUAAAGCAUUUUUUUAUCUAUUAGGUUAUCUUGGAGCAGGAAUAGUUUUUUCGUUGUUUGCUCAGAGUUCGAGUUUUAAGCGGUCAAUCCAGAUGUAG